AUGUCAAGCCCUCCGUCUGUAUCAGAAAAUACCUGGUCUGGACCCCUGGUGACACCUGUUGCGUCUGCCCAAAAUGAUUGCUCUGACGGGCCUGAACGCCGUCAUCACAAGCAGCCGCGCCACCACGCCCGGGAUCAGCUCCUCCACCAGGGCAUCCAAGAUGCUCCUUCUCCUUCCCGUGCUGAAUCCCCCACCGCUCAUCAAUGGGCCAAACCAUCGGCCGGGUUCGCUCUAAAAAGGGCCACGACCGUCCCCCACGAAAAGCCUGCUCGUCCUGACCUAUUUCACAGCCCCCAGUUGUCGGAGAGAGAUAGCAUCUUUGCUACCCACUACCUCCCUUCUGAUAACGAACUCAGUAAUUCGCCGCAGCUUCCGCCCGAAGGAGACACAGACAAUGAACUGUCCACGAGCUUGAAUCUUGCCAGCGAAAAUGCAUCCGCUUCUCCUUCUCCAAUUCCCUCUUCCAAGGUCCUCCCCCGUCACACUAUCGCCAACCUCUCCCACAUGGAAGUUGACGUCCACAGAAAUCCUUCCUUCCCUCCGUCACUAUUACCGUCUGCUAUACCGACUCGUCGUUCCCCACUGUUUUCCGUUGGUCCUGAUGUAGACCUGGAUAGGCAGCACGAGACGGCUCAACGAAGCUCGCACAUCUCGGGCUGGGAAAGUUUCCAACCUCUGCGCAAGACGGCCUCGAAUGGUACCGUUGUCGAGUCUCCAGAGGAGUCGCUCGUCAACCGCAGUUUGAUCUCUUCCUCCCUCAAUGAUGUGUCUCUUCUGCAACGCCACUCAGUGGUCCCCUUAGACCAUCUGCCUGCAGAGACCCAGCACGAGACAACGUCAUUUCCAAAGCUCGAUCAGCCCUCGCGGCAGGCUGCGCCUGAACUUGGAAUUGGUCGCAGCUCGAGCCGUGGUCGUCGUGGCAGAGUAGACCACUCGAUCGAGGCAAACCUGGCUAACGCGGAGCCGACGUCUCAUGUGCGCAGCCGUAAGUCAAGCCAUUAUCUAGGUCUAUUCAAGGAGAAUACUACUUCACCGGAUCGCAAAAGAAGGGAGGAACGUGGAAGACGGCACGAUGACUCCCUAGAACCAUUGGACAAGCAUCAACCUGCUAUCCACUCUGAACCUCGCCGCCUUCCGGAAUUCUCUGACUCACAGCCUCAACUGCUGGUGUCCAUGGAUGAUUCUAAUCUUCGAAGCUCGAAAAGUUUAUCUCAUCUGUCAAUGGCCGAUGCUCCAGUGAUCACCCCGAUCCCAGAGGUCGAAACGUCGGAGCGCACGGUGAGCGAUGAUGUUAGGAAGCCUUAUAAAACUUUGCCUCGCAGCUUACUCGAGGAGAUCCGCAAUUUCCAUCUAACUCCAGGCGGUGCUCGCGGUACUUCGUUUUCCAAAAGCAUCCCCACGCAAUUUACCGAAGGCGGCAGGGACUACUUCUCGAAGGAGGUCCCCGGUCUCUCACCUUCGUCCGAUACAGAUCGAGAACGGCGCCGUGGCUCUGCACAAUAUGAAGAUGAAGACGAUGAACAAAUUUCGUCCGCUGUGUAUUACCCCCAUGAGCGCGUCACUGUUUCUGAAGAGGUUGAUCAGGUCCAGUCUUAUCCGGAUGGUCAACAUGGUGCGGAACCAUUCGACCUAUCGCCCACGAAGAGUAGACACGUUCUAGUGCCCAAGAGACAUAGCGUCUCUGAUGAGCAAGAAAUCAAUCAUGUGGAUAUAUCUCUUCGAUCUAAAAAUGAUAGUAGAAUUCUGCACGGUGAUCUGCAAGACAGACAAGCUCCACAAUUAGAAGAGUUGAUUGAAAUGCCCCCGAGCGCCACAACCGAUCGCAGCAGUGAGUAUUCAACGUGCGAAUCGGAGUUUGGUUCGGCGGAUGAAAGUGGCAUGUCUACUCGCGACGAAGAGUCGAGUGUGACCGAUGAGGCUGAAAUGACUCCGACUGCGACACCAACACAACGUCAACGUAUUCCGCGCCGUGGACGCAAGCACGGCGCAGAGGCCCCUUUGGGUGCGGUAGAAUUGAAACCUUACCGGCACCAGGUUGGUGGCCAUACGACCGUCUUCCGUUUCUCGAGGCGCGCUGUGUGUAAACAGCUCAACAACCGGGAGAAUGAAUUCUAUGAGCGCAUUGAACGCAGACACCCGGAGAUGCUCAUGUUCCUUCCAAGGUACAUCGGUGUGCUGAAUGUUACUUUCUCUAAAAACCCCAAGCGUUCCAAGUUAACGUCAGAGGGUAAUACGGAGAUUGCAAAUGCAGAACCUGCCACGGGUGAGACAAACGGUGCCCAACGGACCAAUUCACUAACUGCCGACGGUUCUCGUCUGACUGAAACCGUGGAUCAGCCACGGAUAUUUAGUCAGAAACAAGUCACUGGAAUCAUUCCUAAGGUGAUCCUUGAAAAUAACCGGCACAUUAUCCCGGCUGACUUGUUUUCUCGCCCACAACGGCCAAGAACUGCGGACGGUACAACAAUGAGUCGAGAGAGAUGUGCUCAUGGUGCUACAGCGAUCACUGGCGAACAAAGGUUGAAGAAUGGAUCUCUGGACGGCACAGGCACUCCUCCCCAAAAGCCCAAGAUUAGCUGGGGUGCCACGACGGUCAACCGCAAGCUGCAGGAACAGGUUCUCCGAGAGGUCUUCAGUCCUCCAGCCAUUCACCACCACCGGCGUCAUGCUCGAGGCCACAUCACAUUACCAAGAAUGUCCUCGGACAGUGUUACGCGCAGGAGGGCCAACUUGUCGGAGGAUCACACUGCUAGUAGCCGUCGCAAUGCAUCCGUCCCCAAUGAGCCACCACGGUCUGCUGCUAUAGAUAUUAUGAAACAAACAGGUGAUGGCCCCGGCUUAUCAUCGUCAGCGUCUACCGCGUUAGACUCGAACCAUAACCGUCUCCAACAAAUUCGAACAGAAGAGUCCCAGCCACGCUCUAACUCUGUCUCGCGGUCUCGCCGGGUAAGGCGCCGUCAUUCAGGAAGUGGUUUGCAAAGACGACGGAGCAUGAGCCCGGGUAAGAAAGAAGGCGAACUCAUGUUCUUCGAAGAUGAUGGGUAUGGCGGUGAUGGAGAGGACGAGAUAUUCUCCAUGGAAGCGGAUGCUCAAAUGGUGCCGACGGCUGCUCAGAGUAUGAAGUCACCCAAUAUUGAAGCCUUGGAGGCCGGUACAGCCGAUGCAGUACAAGCUGAGGAUGGCUCUGCUGCCGAUAUGCCACCGAAGGAUCAAAUUUUCAUUCAACCAAAAGAGGACAAUCGCUUCCUCCUUCCUACCAACCCCAAAGAGGCACAGACACGAAAGGAUGAACGUGUGCAGUUUUUCUUGCUAUUAGAAGAUCUCACUGCUGGCAUGAACAAGCCUUGCGUCCUCGAUCUCAAAAUGGGAACACGCCAGUACGGAAUCGAAGCUAAUGAGAAGAAAAAGAAAUCUCAAAGACGGAAGUGCCAGUCCACAACCUCUCAGCAGCUAGGUGUCCGACUCUGCGGCAUGCAAUCUUGGAAUGUGAAGAAACAGGAAUAUACGUUUGAAGACAAGUACUUCGGUCGGGAUCUAAAGUCAGGGCGUGAAUUCCAGGAUGCCCUCACCCGAUUCCUCUACGAUGGUGUCAGCUAUACCACCGUGGCGAAGAAGAUCCCUGUCAUCCUUGAAAAACUGUCCAAACUAGAGAAUAUGAUCCGAAAGCUGAAAAGGUAUCGGCUUUACGCUAGCAGUCUUUUGAUCCUUUAUGAUGGCGAGCAGUCUUCCCCUGAGAAGGUUCCACAGGAUGACAAGAGUGGUGCCAGCAAGCGAAUUCCAUUGCAACGGGGUACCUCUGAUGAGGGACAUAAUAACAUGGAUGUUCAGCUGAAGAUCGUCGACUUUGCAAACUGUGUCACUGGCGAAGAUGAACUUUCUCCGGAUGCCCCUUGCCCCCCACAUCAUCCGGAUGAUAUCGACCGCGGUUAUCUGCGUGGCCUCCGGACCCUCAGAAUGUAUUUCCAGCGCAUCUUGAAGGAGCUCACCCAGGAUGAAUAUAUUGAACGAGGAGAGGGCGAGACCAUUGCUCUAAGAUCCCAGGUGUCUGGCAAAGAAGACUUGUCCGAUCGCUAUUGGGAUGAAGGGGUGGUGGAAAGCGAUCCGGGCGAAGUCAGUUAUUAG